AUGCUGUCCAUAAAUGAUGUCCGUUGGGGAAAGUAUCUCCAGAUUUCUGUCACAAGAAGCGCGAUAUAUAUGGAUCUGCUGUACACGCGCCAAGAAACUGCUUUGCUGUACCACUUUGUCGACGCGGUGUCUCCGUUUCUUACCUUUGAUCCCUUGCCACGUUACCUAGUUGUGAAACCACCUGAUAGUACUCAUAAUGAGGAGCACAUCGGAAAGGCUGUGGCAAGUAUUCAAUAUACUCUGGAGAAAAUCAGUGAUUUCAACGACAUGUCUAUGCCGACAAUCCUCGUCAUGCUCUUUUCUGAGAUAAAUCCAAAGGAUCUCAAUGCUCGCAGUACUAGCGGAGACGAGUACUAUGGGCUUUUUGAAAAGACAGCGAUCUGUUUCAAGACAAUAUACCUCUUGAUACCCCCACGGAUGGUUCUAGGGCAAGCCCACCAACUAGACAUUGAAGACUUAAUUGUCUACGAUGGGGUGCAGCUUAUUAGAUCCUAUAAGGAGCAUCAGGCUAUAUCUGCCCUGAAAGCAGUUACUUAUGCCUAUAAGUCGAUACGUCUGAGGCUAACAGCUAUGCAGAAAAGAGCUAUCAAGAGGAAUGAAGCACUUGUAGCGCAGUGUAUGCAGGCGGCACGAGAGGAAGCUUACAAUGAUCUAGACACAUGCGAAGAUAGCUGUAUGAGGUAUGCUAAUGCUGACCUAUGUAUUCCCCGAAUACUGGAAACGUCAGACGAUGUCCGGACCUGCAUUGAGGAAGAGCAUCUCUCUGUAUCCCCUAUACAGCGACGCUACCUCUAUUCCAUGGAUCCUGCCUACCAAUAUUUAAAGGAGGUAGAGGAUCGAGAAAGAAGUAAGCAGUCCACAAAGUCGGUAUGCUUUGCUCUCCACGUUGGAGCCGAGACUGGGCCCAUAACCUCUGCUCCACCCGAGACCUUGGUAUGCCAAUUCCGAAAACGGUUAUUUCGAGGCCAGAACGCUGAAGCUGAAUUAGCGCCUCAUUUUGACAACCUAACCACAAGCCCCUCCUUUGCACAGACCUACUUCAAUCUGCAGAGUAUCUGUUCAGACGUCCAAGCACUUUCAAACACUUCUAUGCAAGCAGAUCAUGAUCUAGACCUAGGUACCAAAGGACUUGUUCAACUGACGCAUACAGUAAGCGAUAUAUUGACCCCCUUUGUAGAGAAUUUAUCACAAGCGGGACCAUUCCAACGUUCUUUCAGCCAGCCUUUAAAGCAACUGAAACGUCAAUCCACCAGUUGUAGUCUUAAUUCUAGUCAUGAACAACUUAGUAACAGCCAUGUGACAUCGGUAGCUGGACUUGCCAGUGCCGUUCAUGCCUUUGAGAUUCCUUUCGAUCCCCAGUCCUCAGUCCAGAACCGUGCAGCCUCGGUCAGACUUUCAAGCAGACCGGCCCAGCCAGCUAUAUCAGGGCCUUCAUCAUCUAUACCUGUCAACCCAUGUCCUCUUCCAGCUAGCAUUCCACGGCCUAGGCGAGAGCACCAUUCUCUAUUGGCUACGUUGGCUAUCGAAAGAUCAUCUACCUCUAGUAAUAGAUCCACACCUCUAUCUACUACCUAUGAAGAUGACUCAGAGCUACAAUAUGCUAUAGUAUCUGCAGAGGAUAUGAAUAAAUAUAACGCAACACUGUUGGGCUUGCACCUCCGUGUGAACAGUUGGGAGGAUUUAGAUAUCUGCCAACGUAUUGAGUUGGUCAAGGCAAUCAUACGUUUUCUUUAUCUUCCCGAUUUUUGCCAUGUUUGCUGCAGAGACAAGAGUAGUUUCGGAAGGCAAAUCUCUAACGUCUCUCCGUCGUCUGUUGAUAAUAUUGCGAUGCAGCUUAGACAGUAUGAAGCCCCCGAAGAAGGCUCCGAGUCCCUGCAGAAUAUCUUGGCAGAAUAUCGAAAGACACUCUCUGCCAAGGGCCUUUUGCAUGACGAAGUCCAGCCUCAUUACUACCAGCACUCUAUUGGAACAGAAGCCAUUUUUGCGUCUCGAACUCGGUCUGCAGUUGCUUAUUCACUUCCAAAAUCUUCUGGAGAGAGAAUAAAGCACAGACCUCCCUCUAUAUUGCAUUCAUCAGCUAUCCUUUCAAACCGAUUUAGUUCCGAGCCUGUGAGUAGGUCCAUGUCAGCAGACGUUAAGCAACCUCAAUUCAGACCCAUGACAAAAGAGAGAAAUCGCUCACUAAGUACUAAACCUUCUCAACCCUCAAGUUGCACCCCAGAUCCAACAAUUAUUAAAGAUUGGCCCACACCCUCUGCGAAAACGGAGCCUCCAUCAUACAGAGAUGGGGUGGAGCGAAAGGAUAGAAUGAUAGAUAAACUAGGUGCGCAGAUGUCAUCUUUCAUCACUUACUGCAAGUUUUCGCGUGAGCAUUCCCGGUAUCUGCCAGCUGUCAGGGAGAUCGUGUCAAGUUAUAUGCACACUAUUUCAACAACAACAUCCUUCGAGAUAGAGUCAACCGCAGUCUAUUGCCCCAAUUGUAGUAUCUUUCUAGGCUGCUGCAAACGUUGUGCAACUAUUUUUGCUAGGUCACACCAAGCUGAGUGUAAUAACUUUGUUGCAUUCAAGAUAUUUUCGCGCAUGAAUGAUAGACAAUUGGAAGAUUGUUGCAGAUUUGAAGAGAGUCAGUCAGUUCAAAAAGUGGUCAAGAUAGAGUCCAGUGAGGCAAACAGGUUGCGUAAGAUACUUGCAGAUUUCGAUAUCAUAGCCUCAAGGGAUAUGGACACAUUACAAAAUUAUAUAGACGAGAAGCCGAAGGUUAUGGAGGGCGAAUCAGACAUCAUUAAGGAGUACCGUGAGCAGCAGUUGGGAACAUUAUCGUACACAGAUAACCAAAUACAUUUGCUUCAGCAGCAAGGGGACCUCAUGCUUAAUAAAGUUCAUGGCAUAAUCAAGCAGAAAAAUGAGAAGUAUAGAUCUAUAAAGCACGCUGCAGACCUUCCUCACAUACCGGAAGAUAUGACCGAGGAAUUGACCAAAGCCCUAACAAAUAACGAUACUAAUGCACUGCGCAAAGUGCUACGGUCCUUACUGGAGCAAAGACGAGUAUGUUCAGAUAGCCUGAUUUCUGAUAUAAAGGACAUCAAUCUACAGGACAAAGGGCAGGAGCAUAACCUCACAACCUUUUUUACCAGUUUGAUCGACCUUCUUCGGGCACAAUACCAGAACAAUCUUGAUGAACUACAUGUACAGCAGGAUCAUGCAAUCCACGAUCGUUUCUUGGCAGUCACUGCCGACCUUCGGCUGUGCUCUCUUUUGGAAGUACUGAAGCAAGACAUCUUAGGGUGUACCGCCAGACUCUCCCAAAAGCGCUUUAAUCCUAUGUUAACAGAUGUUACUGUAUUUAGUUCUGGAAGGCAGUCCAAGCCGUCCUCUAUAUCAACUACAGAUACCAGCUAUACUGAUAUGUACAGCGCCAUGAGAGACUUGGCAGCUGGCCUGCUUGCGAAGGAGAAGAUGGAUACCCGGAAGCGCAAACCUGUGGAAUUACAGCGCAACCCCAGUUAUGAAUUGGAUACCAUCGCUAAUGUCUGCACAGAUUUUAUAGAGUCAGUCUCUACAUAUGGACAUCAGAACCAGGAGAGUGUUACUGGGAGCUUUGAGGAAACCAAUCCGAUAGAUAAUAAAAGCUGCUCUAGCUUCACAUCUCUUCUUCGCGGAAAGGCCGACUAUGAGAGUGGAGCUUCUGAUGGUAAAAUCACCCGCAUGUUGCCAUCGCCUCGCACUAAUACACGUAAGAAUACACCGAGACAUUUGAUGGAGGAAUCACAAGGAUCAUUAUUAGAAUCAUCUAUCAACAAAUCCCUAUGUGAAGUCAUUACAGAGUCAUUAGCAACUGCCUUGACCAUUGAUCCAUAUCGUCAAUAUCUUAUCAAGCAGCUUCCAAAGCACCUCCAUCAAGAUCUGAUUGAUGCAAGAUCAUACUUAGGGUUUCGCCGGCCAAAUUCUACCGUAAUUUCUUUUCCACCAGAGGUGUAUAUGGCUCUAGAAAAGCAAAAGGGCAUGGUUGUUAUACUCGGCUCUGGAACACAGAAUGUGAUUAGUGAAGGCAUAUCAUCUCCGAGACUCAUUGGAUCUGCUCUUUCUCAUACGCAUACUACCGAGGUUGAAAGUGAGGAGGAGGUUACAUUAGGCUAUGCAGAAUUGACAUACAAUUCCAUCUACAUGAUCCAACCGGAUCUUCUUCUUGCCAUUGAUGAAUUGCAACAUAUUUUAGACCAGUCCGAGUUCUUCUACAAUGAUAUAGCAGAUAUCAUAGCACAACAUAGUGCUCAGCUAAGAGUUCAACACAAGAUAGCGCAACUAAAAUCUGCCAUCAAGAAGGACCUCUACGCCUUAGCAAGGGCGUCCCGUCAGAGUCGCCAUGGGAGUGAGGCUAUAAAGAUAACCAACCAGGAAGUAGAAUAUGAAUAUAUUAAGCGAUAUGGGCACGAUAUGCGAAAGUUCGUAUUCAGCUUUUCUAAGUCCCAUUCUGAGCUGCUAUAUGUGGACCAUAUAGAGGCAAUAAAAGCUAUCAUGGAUUCCCUCUUGCCCUUGUAUCAAUAUACACAACUAUACCUUUCAAGGAUACAAUCCUCUGUGCAACGACUUAAGAAGGUUGUCAAAGAUAAAAAGACUCUUUUAAAGAAGACAUCUUUGAACCUAGGAAAGGUAUCUUCUACACAUCGAGCUUUAUCAGAGCUUACUAUUGCUGUUGAAAUGAAGCUUCGUCAAAAGCAACUGCUUUUUGAAAAGGCUCUUUCUGCUAGUCCGUCUCCCACCAGGGCACUUAGGCGUCCCAUGCAGUUACGGGACACAGAAAUGAGCACUCCUCGCUUUUCAGUUCAAGAUAUCUAUUCUGCUUCUGUUUCUUCUAUAGCAUCCUGUGCCACCUCUGGACGCAGUCAAAGCUCAACAACACUUAAAAAUACCGAUAGCUCGCUACAACAGCAUGCUGAAGGAUCUAUGAACGUGAUCUAUUCUCAAGGAUUAGCUCCAAAAGGACUAAAAGGAUCAGUCUUUACCAGAUUUCCAACUGAUGAGCGCAAGGUAGAUGCUGCGUCUAACAUGAAAUACUAUAACUCGGGUUUGCCAACACUGGUAACUCCAGGUAUCCUCCAGCAAUCAACUCUACCCAAGGAAUCUCCGGAUAUUUCUCAUAGGUCGAUUUCUCUAAACAAUAGCCAAGUUAGUCAUACGGGGCUGCUUAUGGAAGCAUCUAAAGAUAAGGAUACAAGAAGCGAUGGUGAUGACUCCCACUCGACCACAGUUCGAAUGAUUGCACGGAGGAUGCGGCGAGGUGGACGUAAGGUUGUUCUAGUACCUAAAAAAUCUCGUAAGAUGCAUGGUUCUGAAGAGUGCUCCGAUUACGAAUUCAAUCCAGACGACAUGCUGGGCAUCUCUAGCAUUACUGUGCCGAGUGAUAAGUUACAACAGGAGGCUGGUACAGUAGGAGAGUUGGUUGAUAUGUCGGACUGUUUCUGCAAAAGCAGAAAGAGACGAGCAUUACCUCCACUAAGCCAACGACCAUCAUCAAAGGAAAGAUCCUCGAAAGAGUUGUUCUCAACUAAUGAAGUUAUGGAGCUCUAUCGAUUGGAGGAUUAUCGAUCAAAUGCUAUGAGCGAGCCGGAAGUAAGCAAGCCAAAGAAGGCAAGACUAAAAGCAGUACGCAAUAUAGCUAACGCUGGAGGGCAUAGGCUGCAUAAGGAUCGCCAAGUACAGCAGAUGCUGAGCUCCCUGGAGAACCUUUGGAAGAAGGAGAACAUACCAUCCUCACAAAAGCACGACCUCUUCAGUUCUAGUAGCGAUACAGAGCUGGAUACCUUGACAGUUGUUGUUAAUAUUGAGAAGGAACUUGAUUAUAUGCAGCAAAUCAAUCCUCCUAUUUCAAAGUCCUAUGAAUCUUCAAUAGCGCAACCAUAUGCUAUUGAAGAUUUUAGUGAAACCACAAUGCAAAUUCAGCGAGAUCUCCACGUGCUUAGCCCUGAUCCCUCAGUUGAUCUGCCGCGGAAGCCACGAACUAAUAUUCCACCUAGGAGCCAGAGCCCUUAUAAGGCAUACAGGUACAGGCAAGAUAAGCUGUCUAUGCCCAAUAUGCCAUCGCCAGUUAAUGUUGAGACCAGUUACAUCGCUGAUACCAACCCAUAUUUCUUUGAGAACGUAUGUAAUGAUACAAAGGAGGCCGAAAAUCCGUCUGUAUUAGCAUCCAUUGGAUCUCUCUUGUUUUCCCAACGUGAGAUAUCCAGAAAGUGUGAUAGCAAGACAUCCCCAAGCGAGCUUACUUCUGAUCCCCCACUACUACUGAAUCCUUUACGUGAGCAACUAAAUAAUUUGGUUAAGGUAGAGCUUCCUCGGGCCGACCAAAUGGUGGACACUAGUACUAAGCCAUGUACUGCUGAUAGUAAAGUAUCACAACAACCUUUUCGCGGCUCACCUAAGCGUAACUUGCCACCGGACCAUGGAGUAGGGGAAGCAGAAAUAGAUUUCAAAGCACUUAAUUUGAGUGGCAUACACAAACGGCUCAACCCAGACAAUAAGAAAACAUUGCAGCCAGUCUUUCCUGCGCAGUUGUGUACAGCUUCAAUAGCGUCCAGCCCCAUCCCAGAGUAUGCACAAGAUGCCGCUUUCCAAUCUUCAAUACAACGACUUAAUAAUGCACAAGUCCACAACACAUCUCAAUUGAGAAGGCUGUUAUAUCAUCAAAAGGACUCACGUGAAGGUACAAAGUACCAAUACAAUGAAUCUACAUUAGAGAAGAACAAUGUUUUAGAGCGAUACAGGCAGUUUCGUCAAAUGUAUGGUUGUAAUGAAUCCAAACAGCAUACACUAUCUAUGCAAGUAAGGUCUAGUCCACUGACGCAAACAGAGCAUGCGAACAACUCACCAUUGCGGGAGUCACUGAAAUUACUAGAAAAGCUUCCUAGGCAUUCUCGAAUAUUGGCGUCUUCUAGUCAUGCUGUAGAUGAGAGGCCUGGGAACGUGCUGACCAGUUCUAGCAGUUCUGAAAGCCUUAGGAUGGCAACUGAAUCUACAGCCGAAAGCUCCGCCACGCUCAUAGGUGUGAAUUUGUGCAUGAAGGAACAUUCGGCUGUUGCCACAACAGGAGUGCAAAGCGUAGUCGAAGCACAGCACUUUGAUAAAGGAUUACAGAAGAUAGAUGCUUCCCAGCGUUCUAGUCUCCAGAUAUUAGAUCUCAGCUCUGACUCCUCAACUAUUACAGAUACCCCUGCAUAUCAGUUUUUACCGGAUUAUAGUUUGUUGCAAUCUGAGGAUCUAAAUGAGUCCGAUUCUGAAUCCCAAUCCAGUCUUUCUGUCAAAGGAAAUAUUCUCCAUAGAUUGUCAUCAGAAAGGAAAAUUAGCCCAUUAAGGAAUGUGAUGCAUGCACCUAAUAGCCUUAGCGGUCCACAAAGUACUGCAGGUGUGACAACUAUAGGAUUGCUACCCCCACCUCCACCAAGAGUACCCCCACCAUCAACGAGCAGCCGGAGAGUGCACUUGAUCAAUUUACCAGGCCCUCCUGCUGGUGUCUUGCCUGUACAUCGAUCAAGUUCCGACCCAAUACUGACAAAUGAGACUGUGCCAAAGCACGCCGAAGUCCCACCGUCCUCUGCCCCAAGUGAGAUUCUUGUGAACACUGACGAUGGUGACCGUCUUACAACUGAACCUGUGGAGUCACUUCCCAUUACUUCUAGCUUAUAUGUCGCUAAUUCAGUAGUACCUCAGGAAGAGAUAGAUAGGAGUGAUAGAUAUAUAGAAAGCUAUAACAGGCUUCGUCUUCUAGGUAGAACAUCUCUAGAAAAACCAGACAAGCAGGUAGAGCAUCCGGCGCCCCACCUAGUCUUACAAGCACAUACACAGCGCAAUCUGUUAUUAGCUGAAGCAAGGAAAAUGGAACCACUGGCCUCUAUUACAAUCUAUGACAUCUUUAGCUCCGUAUAUACUUUUGAUUUAUCAGACAUUCAACCCAAUUCUACACUAUCACAAUCCGAUCAAAUAUAUGGUCUAGCACAGAAAGAGUUAGAGGGAGCCAAUAUGAUGUUGGAUCUGUUUGUAGAACUGUUAAACGACAUAUAUAUGACAGAGAAGCCGAUAGAAGCCUUCCAACAGUUGAUUAGAGCACGUGCGGAUCUGUCAAAAUAUAAAAUCCGAGGAAUGCGAAUGAUAACAAGGGUUAUGAAGAUACAAGCACUGGAAGUUCCUCAGUAUUCAAACGGGGAUUUUGCAACCUUCAUUAGAAAAUUAAAUCUUUUCAGAGGAAAUGGGUAUCCCUUUAUUUUCAACAAUUAUGCCAUCAUGUGGUGCAAUUUCAUCACAAAGUAUGUAGCCAUUUGCAAGCAUCUGGAUUUUCUAAUAGCCAAUUGCUUGUAUAAAGACAUCAACAUAAUUGAUACCCGGCCAUCAGAACCUCAUAUUAAUUUUUCAACUGUUUAUGAAAAUCCUGAUUUACCUUUUUCAAUCCCACGCUUCAACUUCAGAUGUCUUUCGCCUGCUGAACGAAGGCUUUACCUGGGACUUUACUCUACAAAUCUACUUUCCAAGGGAUCUGGAUGA